UCCACAAUCUGUCAAAAUGUACUUUUAUGGAUGACAAAGGCUGUUUCAACACAUUAUAUUGAAAUGUGAACAGCCGUCGCAGCGCAUGUUUGCGAAGAACGUCUUACUGUCCGUUUAAGAAAUAUGUCGUCAUGACUUGGGGGCGUAACCCGGAAGCGGUCAGUUCCGUAUUGGUCUCCGUUCUCCAGCGGAACGCGGCAACAUGUUCCUUUGCUUGGAUUUGACAGCGCUUCGAGGCUGACGCCGUUUCAUGAAGUUUUUUCGGGACUUUGCCACCCAAAUCGCCAGAUACAGAGCAUCUUACUCUCCUCCCGUGGUUUCCCAAGCCGGAACUGAAAUGUAUAAACGGCUUAAUACUAAAGUACUGCAUUUGGCGAUGGCAAACGGGGACGGGCCAUUUAUUCCACAGGAGGCUGGUAUAGAUGUUGCUGACAUCCUGAACUGCACAGUGAAGGCCUUGCAGGAUGGCCACGUGGUUGCUGUCCCCACCGACACCAUCUACGGCCUGGCGUGUCUGGCCCAGAACUCUGGUGCCGUCCGUAAGAUCUACGAAAUCAAAGGGCGCAAUGAGCAGAAGCCUCUGGCUAUUUGUGUGGGAGAAAUCCAUGAUAUUUACAAGUACUGUAAGGUAAACGUGAAAGAGGCGCUCCUCAGUGACCUUCUGCCUGGCCCUGUCACGCUGGUGCUGGAAAGAUCGGAAAUACUUAAUAACGAGCUCAACCCGUUUACGUCGCUCGUAGGGGUCCGUAUUCCAGACUGCGGCUUCAUACGUCGUCUUUGUCAGAUGUGUGCCGAGCCUCUGGCGCUGACCAGCGCCAAUGUCAGCGCACAAAACAGCACUGUGGCCGUCCAUGAAUUUCAGGAUCUUUGGCCCAAACUAGCCGUGGUGGUGGACGGAGGUCCAAUAGGAGACCAAAGUCGCCUCGGGUCCACUGUGGUGGAUCUUUCAGCACAAGGACGAUACCGCAUCAUCAGAGCCGGCUGUGCCUUUUCCUCGACGGUGGACGUGCUGGAAGGGAAAUAUGGACUUACGUCGGAGGAUCUGGGAUGAUUCCGAAGUUGAGACACUGACUCAAACGCACAACCAAACUUUUUCUUGGGAGAAUUAUUACAAUUUUUUUUUAUUUUAAAGUCAGAAGAGAACAUCCAGAAUAUUUUAAUAUA